AAACCUCCCUCGGAACCACCACUCACCCGAAGCGCAAACACUACAGCUGUUGUCGCUGUGAGAGUUUAGUUUCAACCGAGAGCUGCACCGCAGCGCGCGUGUUUUUAUUAUUGCGCAUUGUUUUCAGUCAAAUAGAAAAGCUAAAAAAAAAAUCAUACAUCGAGUGUACAAAAACAAAACGACCAUCAAAAAAAAGCUACGCACGCACACUCACACACAUGUACGAGCUGUAAACACAAGUAAUUACAAAUACUACGAAAAAUCAAUACGCAGCAGCUUUUUGGGCUGCGAAACAGCUGCUUUUUGGAUUAACCGAAGUUGGAAGACGAGGAGGAGAGGGAAACGGCGACCGCAACAGGAUGGUAUUCGAGGCCGUGGUUGCCGAUGUUCUCAACAAGGUGCUGGGCGACUACAUUGAGAAUUUGGAUCAUAAACAAUUGAAAAUCGGCAUCUGGGGAGGUGAUGUGGUUUUAACGAACCUCAAGAUACGUGAGAAUGCGCUCGAUGACUUGGACUUGCCUGUUCAAUUAAUCUACGGCUAUUUAGGUAAAUUGGUGCUGAAAAUACCCUGGAAAAAUCUGUACAGCCAGCCAGUUAUUGUUGAUAUUGAGAAUCUCUAUGCGCUCGUCUCGCCCAACAACAAUGUGCGAUACAAUGCCGAAAAAGAGGCCAAGUACGAGUUGGCAGCCAAAAAGGCGGCACUCGACGCCUUGGAAGCAGCACGCAAAAAAGAGCUGGAGAAGGUCCAGGCCAAGGCUGAUGCGGGCUUCGCUGAGAAGUUGACUGUACAGAUAGUCAAUAACUUGCAGGUGACGAUCAACAAUGUGCACGUGCGCUACGAAGAUACCACAACCACAGGGAAUCCCUUCUCGUUUGGUAUUACGCUGCAUGAACUGGAGCUGUAUACAACAGACAAAAACUGGGACAAAUGCUAUAUGACAGAGCGUGCGCCGCAGGUGUUUAAAAUUGCGAAUCUCUCUUGCCUGUCGGUAUACAUGAACUGUCAUGGCAAUCUCUAUGGUAAACAGGAGAAGACGACGUUGUCAAACACAUUCGAAAAAGAUAUUGCCAAAAAAGAUUUUAAGCCGGCAAACUUUUGUUAUGUUUUGGGUCCACUUUCCUGCAAUGCCAAGCUAAAGUUGAACAUGAAUCCAGAGCUAGAUGUGCCAGCUUAUGAGAAUCCAAAGAUUGACUUGAGCAUGGAAAUGGAAACGCUGAAUGUUGGACUGACGGACACGCAGUUUCACAACAUCAUGCAACUGGGCGAUUCAAUGAAUCGGAUGCAGCUCGGCGUGCCUUAUCGAAAGUAUCGCCCCUACGACAUACCCUACAAGGGUCACUACCGAGAUUGGUGGCAAUUUGCGAUAACAGCUGUGCUGGAGCAUGAUGUGCGUCGAGUAAGACGCACCUGGAGCUGGAAGUAUAUGCAGGAGCAUCGCGAACGCUGCAAUACCUAUGGAGAGAAAUACAAAGAACGUGAGCUCAGCAAGAAACCACCUGCGAUGCUGUUGGAGGCCUGCAAUUUGCUGGAACAGGAGCUAGAUGUGUUUAAUCUUCUGCUGAUACGACAGCGCGUCAACAUUGAGAUCGCCAAGCAACGCGAAGCGGCGCCGCCAGAGAACACAGGAUGGUUCGGUGGCUGGUGGGGCGGAGGUGCCAAGAAAGAGCAAAACGACGGGAAUGAAAAUAUUGUUAGUAAAUUUGAGGCUGCGAUGACGCCAGAGGAGAAGGCAAAGAUGUUCAAGGCCAUUGGCUAUGAGGAGAAUGUAAAGCCGCAGGAUGCGCCCAUCGAAUAUGUGGCAAUUGUCAUGAAUUUCAAGCUGAUUGCGCUGGAUAUUGGAUUGUAUCAGGAACCGCGCAUUGCACAAGCCGACUCCUCCUUCGACUACCAUCAGAUGCCAAGCAUCAUGCUGCUGCAGUUCUCCAUGGCCACAGCUUCAAUUACGCAGCGUCCCUCGGCGGAGGCAAUUAGUGUGACUGCCGGCAUGAAGGAACUAAAGCUGAUGGGCUUGACGCGUGAGAAUUACACGCCAAUGAUGGUCAAGUCGAUGGUAACCGAUGAAUUCAAUUUGCUGGACAUAUUCUUCGAAACAAAUCCCAUUGACCAGAAGUGCAAUCAGCGCGUAAAAGUCGUCGCACGUCCGCUGCAAAUUAUCUACGAUGCAGAGACGAUACUGAGUCUACUCGAAGUCUUUAAGCCGCCUCAGAAUGUGAAUCUAUCUCAACUAGAGCAAUCGGCUGCCUCACAACUUGUGGGCAUCAAGGAGCGCUCGGCCACAGGCAUGCAGUAUAUUAUCGAUCAGAAAUCUGUGCUGGAUGCAGACAUAUUGCUAAUGCCGAAUGUGAUUGUAGUGCCACAUGGCGGUCGUUAUGUGGAGCACGAAAAGUCACUGAUUGUGGUCAGUUUGGGUCAAGUGCAUGUCACCACAGCGCCGCAUCAUCGCAUAGCAAACUCGGUUCAAGCGCUGCACAGUCUAGGCAGCGAAAAGGCCGAAAUAAUGCAGAAUGUCAUGGAUAAUGCGUACGACAGAUUCAUCGUGAAGCUCAAUGAUAUACAAUUGCUGGUGGCGCGACCAAAUGAGAACUGGCAACAUGUCCUCAGUCUCGCUGUAUCCACAGAUUUGCAUGUGCUGCAGCCCACAUCGCUGGAGAUAACCGCCGCACUGUGUGUGGUCGACGAUGAUCCACGUUUGCCCAAGAUCAAGGUUGAUAUUGUGGUGCCAUCGGUGCUGUUGAAUAUCACCGAGGAUCGUGUCUUUGAAGCCAUUGGCGUUGCCACCAGCAUACCGCUGCCCAAGAACGAGGAUACCGUUGUACAACCCAUCUUGACACGCUCUCGCAGUUCCAUAUCGAAUUUCAUAAAUCGUGAGCUCAAAAAAGCGCAGCACCACGUCGGUGCCAAAGCCCGUGGAGACGUGGAUGAGAUCAUACAGUAUACCAAUGUUGAGGUCAACUUCUCGCUCAGAGAGGUCUCGCUCACGCUCUACCAAUCGUAUCAGCCCAGUGAAUUGAUCAACGUAGUAUCAGAUCCAACGACACCAUUCGUAACGCCCGAUGAAGAACGCAGCGCCAAUUUAUCAGUAAAAUCAUUGGCCGGCGUUGAUAGCGACAUGCUGCUGCGUCGCACAUCGUUAUCUUCGCGGCAUAUACUUUCUGUCCAGGUGCUUCAGCUGGAGGCGAGUCUCGCGCAACGCACCUACGAGACGGUGGCCACCUUAAAAUUGGGCGGCAUCAAUAUUAAACAGUUUGAUUGCAUCGGCGAUAAGGAGCAAGUGCUGGACAUUAUUGACACCCCACGCUUCGCUGAGGAUAUGAUGUGUCUGCUCACAGUUUCCUACACCAUGGCCGAUAAAAUAUCGCCAGAGUUUAGCACCAAGUACAAUUCCACCGAGCAGCUCGUUGUGGCGAACUUUGAGGUGCUGAACAUUGUAUUGCAUCAGGAGUGUCUGCAGCGUCUGUUGGCGCUCGUCGACAAUUUCCAGAAGCGACUGGAAAAAAUUAUGGUUUCCACGGGGCCAAAAGAUCGUUAUGCUUCGGCUGGUGAUGGCGAUGGCAUUCGGCACAAAUUGCAUGUCAUUAUGGAGGAUACGGAAACCAUUCUGACCACAGCCCAACAUGCAGUGCGACGCACUCCAGAGCGACGUGCUGCCCGUGUGGAGAGCAUUAAGAUGCGUAUUGUGGCCAAUCUGAAUGAGGUUAGCCUCAAGCUCACCUCGCGCAAUCGUCCCUUAGCCUGGAUGCAUGUCAAACAGUUUGUAUCAAAUGUCACGUUGAAAAACUCAUACACAGAAGUGAAUUUGGGUCUCAAGGAUAUUAUGGUCGAGGAUCUGAAUCCACACACAAUACACAAGAAUAUCUUGAGUAUUGUGGGUCAGGAUGCGUUUAAUUGCCAGGUGGUGCUUUUCAACAAGGAGUACACCAAGGAUUACAAUUCGGACGAUAUGAAAAUCACUGUGGAUAUUGGCUGCAUGAAGAUUAUAUUCCUCAAUUGGUUUGUGGCUGGUGUAUUGAACUUCCUAAACAACUUCCAAGUUGCACAACAGGCGCUGUCGGAUGCCAGCGCUGCAGCUGCUGAAAGUGCGCGUCAGAAUGCAAUGGAUGCCUAUGAGAAGGCGACCCGCAUGAAGCUGAAUGUGCGCAUCAAGGCGCCAAUUAUUAUCAUACCUGAGGAUUCGAAGAGCAACAAUGCGCUCUCACUUGAUUUGGGUCUUCUGGAGUUGACGAACAACACCAGCGAGGUGCGUGUGCCGGACAUGGAGGAACGAGGUGUCAUCGAUGAGAUCAAGCUGCAGCUCAACGAUGUCAAGGUAACCAAAGUAAUCAUUAUGGACUCCGAUACUCCUAUUGAGGAGGAUUACGACGAUGUGGAUGCUGCAUUUGGCCUUAGAUCCUCGCAGGUUAUGAUGAAUCCCAUGAGUUUCACGUUAUCCGUUACCCGCAAUCUGUCGAGCACUUGGUACAAGGAUGUGCCAGAACUCAAUCUAUCGGGCCACCUGAAGUCCGUUGAACUUACUCUAUUCAUGGAUGACUACGCAUUGGUUAUGUCCAUUUUGAAUCAUAAUCUAAGCGAGGGCAACGCAGAGUUCCCUCCAGAAGAGGUUAAGGCUCCGGAGAAGCCAUUACCAGCAGAGGCAAGGCGUACAAGGACAACAGAGGAUCGUGUUCAAUCCCUCAUCACGCCUGUGGUUGAAAAGGUGUACGAGAAACUGAAAUUCAACUUCCAAUUCGAUGGUGUCACUAUCAAUUUGAUGGAGGCCGAAGAUCGUGGCUUGGCCUGUUUUGGCAUUUACUUCUUGUCUGUGAAGGGCACCCAGUUGAACAACAAUACGCUGAGCACUUCGAUUGUGCUCUGCAACAUACAGUUGGAUGAUACGCGACCAGGCAACAAGGGCAAAAUUCGCCAGUAUUUGAGCUGCAAGAAUUGGAAUAUUUCCGACAAGAAUGAAAUAAUUGAGGCAUGCAAAAAGGAUCCCACCUACAUGGUAGACGUGACAGCCAUCAUCAAAGAGAACGAUACUUUUGCUGAGGUUCGUGUGCGUGGCUUCGAUUUGAUUGUCUGCAUUGAUUUCCUACUGGAGCUGACAAAAUUCCUCGCGUUGCCAACGGAUACAACGAAAGAAGCUCCAGCUGUAAUCAACCCAGCGCAACUGGAAACAGUGGCAAGGGACAGUGCACGUACCACAAAACUAAGCCUUGAAGCACGUAUGUUCCAUUGAUGAAAUGCAGUUGAUAAAAGUUUUAAUAAUAACUUGAAAAUUGCAGAACAAGGUCCAAAGAAAACAAUGCAUCUGAUACUACACGUAGAUCAGCCCGAUGUGAUCUUGGUGGAGAAUCUCGAUGAUUUGAACACCAAUGCAAUUAUCUUCAAUGCACAAGCUCAUCUGAAUUAUCGCUCAAUCAACGACAAGCAGAUCAUCAAUGGUCAAAUCGAUGCGCUCAAGAUAUUUAUGUGCGCUUUUCUGCCCGAGCGUCGCGAACUAACUCGUCACUAUAUACUGCAUCCAUGUGUGAUUAGUCUGCAGGGCUCCACUCCCGAGGAGGAGGGCAUGCACAUCAGCUUGAAGCUGAGCGAUAUUAUCAUCAAUGUAUCGCCAGCAACAAUUGAGCUACUAAACAAGGCAAUGAUGAGCAUAACCGUGGGCACGGCAGAGAAGGCAGCCAUUGAGCAGCAAAGCCACGAUUUCUCCCAGCUCUGGUAUCCAAAAGCAUUCAGUUCGCGAUCGUACUGGUUCACCAAGGUGGAAAGUGCCACUGAGGCUCAAGAGUUAGAUAAUGUAGUCGCAGCAAGCGACAAAGGAAAGACGGAGAAAUGUGUGAUCGAGAUGCCGAGCAUAACUGUUGUCAUUGAAUCCGGCAUGGGCUACUACACGAAGCCCCUCAUAUCGCUGGACACACGCAUGACGGCGGUCUUUAACAACUGGAGUCGCAAUUUGACAGCUCACGGUUCUCUAACGCUGAAUAUGAACUAUUACAAUCAAAUCUUGGCGGAAUGGGAGCCCAUCAUAGAGCUGAACGAGGUUGUCGGACGCAACGGUGUGAGCGAGUAUAUACCUUGGGAACUGCAGUUUGAUUUGAAGAUCGAGAAGGUCACAAACGAAUUCGAUGAGACAGACGAAAAUCAGACGACCAACAUUCGCAUACAUUCCAAGGAAACUCUCGAGGUUACCUUGAGCAAAACGUGUUUGGGUUUGCUGAGUGAACUGGGCGACGCUUUCUCGCAAGCUAUACACGAGAAGGGUUUGAGUAAACCUGAUGUGGUUGCCCCGUAUAUUGUGGAGAACGAUACGGGCGUUGAUAUUACACUGGAUCUAUCGCAGGGCAUAUUUACGCUGCACGAAGUGCAUCGCGGUGGACAUUCGAUUAACAACUCGUUGGUGCUGCAAAGCGACAAGGAGGAUCAUCUAGUUAAGCCGGAAGAUAUACAAGUAUGCAAGGUAUCAGCCGGCGGACGUGUCUACUUGCAAACCAAGGACUUGAGCACCAUUCCCGAGGAUAUGCAUGAGGACUACAAUCUCUAUGUGACGAUUAGUGAUCUACCUUUGGAAGUCGUCCUGCCUGUGUCCAAGGCUGACACACGCUAUUUCCCCUUAACGGGUUUCGGCAAAGACCACUGGGCUAUCGUAUCUGAAGUCACACUUGAGUAUGGCACCACCAAAGUCAACAUUCAUGGCGUUGUCAGCAUACACAAUCAUUUUACGACCACAAUCAGCGUAUUUCGCCGCAAGUCAGAUCUGGAGUAUAUACUCGUUGGCCAAGCUAAGCCUGGCAAAGUAUUGAAUGUGCCCUUGCACGCCAUCUAUUCCGAUAGCAAGGAACUGUACUUUUCGCUCAGUGGCUACCGCACUUCGGUGCAGGGCAUUGUCUGGAACAACAAACCCUCGGAACUCGACUAUGACCAACAGCUGCAAUGCGAUCCCAUCGAUACCUAUGAGGCGCUGUAUAUCAAUGUGAAACGUGAAAAGCGAGAUAUUUACUUCGGCACAUCCGACAAGUAUCGCAUUAUGAGCGUUACCUAUACGCUCCACUUGCGUCCUCCGCUCUACCUCCGCAAUUCGCUGCCCAUUGACAUCAAGGUAUCUGUGCUUGGUUGUUCGGUGCGCAAAUCGCCGGCUAAUGAUGAAAACGAGCGUGGAACGCAGCUGAGUCGGUACACGGACCUUGAUCAGUAUCAGGGUGAAGAUUUCCUUGAUUAUGGCGAGAAGGAAGUGAAUCCUGGUCAUGUGCUGCACUUGCCCACCGUGCGCAUGUCCAAAAAGGGCAAGGAAUCAAAGAGUGUUCUCGUAGUGCGCUUGAUAGGUUACCUGGAGAAGGACUGGUCCUAUACCACGGAAAUAUCGGAAAAUAACCCCGAAGUAGCUGUCUGGACAUUCGCUUCCUACGAUUCGGACGUUAAAAUGGAAAUGGAUCUGAAUGUGCGCACAACCAAUCGUCAUGGCAGCGUCAUGCUAACCAUUUACAGUCCCUUCUGGAUGAUCAACAAGACGGGCAUGAUGCUCACUUACAAAACAGAGAUUGCUUCGGUUGAAGUGCUUUACCAUCCUCCCGAGUACUCUGGCCCAAUUUUGUUCACCGCUCGCGAGAAACUGUUCGACAAGAAGCGCGCAUCGAUACGCAUUGAUAAUGGCGAGUGGAGUGAGAAGAUCCCACUGGAUGUUGCUGGUUCCAUUGGCGGUGUCACGUGCAAUGCCAAUGAGCAGACCUAUCAGAUUGGUGUGCACAAUCAUUUGACACAGAACUCCCUGACCAAGCAGAUCACCUUUAUACCCUUCUACAUCAUGCGCAACAAAUGUCGCUUUACCAUCGAUCUUCAAGAGCUUUUGCGACCCGGUGAUCCCUGGACGGUGCUCCAGCCUAACCAAGUGGAACCGCUGUGGCCCAAAACUGAUUCAAAUCACAAAUUGAUUGUGCGCGUUGAUGACAAAAUAACGCCCGCUUUUGACUACACCGAAGUAACGUGCACAUUGCUGAAGCUCGACGACAGCAAGCAUGGUGGCAUCCAUGUGGAUGUGCAAACCACAGAGGGUGGUGUGUAUAUAACCUUUACCGAAUACCAGCCAAGCCUGGCGCCUGGCCUGAUCAUCAAUCACACCAGCCAGGAUAUCGUGUACUACGAGAAGAACGUCAAGCAGGAGCAUGUCUUAAAGUCCAAGCAUAAUACGAUGUACGCAUGGGCCGAUCCUACAGGUCCCAAGACUCUUGUGUUUGGCAAGGACAAACAUGAAACUGAUCUGAGACGCGAUCACAUCGAGAACAUAGCUUUACCAGAUGGCCGCAAAGCGUUUAUGGUGUCCUUCCUCGAUGGCAUGCAGCGUGUGCUGCUCUUUACUGAACUCGAGGAGAUUGCCAAGCGCACAGAGACGAGCGGUACUUUGCAAACAAUCACACAGAACAUUGAUUUGCAUAUUCAUGGCAUUGGUAUCUCUGUGGUUAACAACGAGUCGGGACUGGAUAUACUUUAUCUAGGCGUCACCAGCUCGGGCAUUGUUUGGGAAUCAAGGAAACCGAACAAGAAGCGUUUCAAGGAAAUGACAAUACAGGACACGGAGCUCAUGGAAGCCGAGUACCAGCGCUACCUCGUUCACAAGUCGGUCAAUGAUGUGAAGACCUACAAGUUGGACAACAAAUACCUGAUUAACUUCGAUUCAAUGACGCUGACAAAGCAAUGCGAUCGACGUCUUAAGCGCAGUUUCUACCCAGCCAUUUGGAUGUCAAUGAAAUCAUCGCCGUUCCAAAAGCAAUUGCAUCUGAAGAUCAAUCGCAUACAGAUGGACAAUCAGUUCAUUGAUCCCGUAUUCCCAGUAGUAUUGGCGCCCAUUGCACCGCCCAAGAGCGUCGCCAGCAGCACGACAAUGAAACCCUUCAUCGAAUGCAGCAUGAUCGAGCGAGUAAUACCCAACUCUCAGAUCAAGCAGUUCAAGUAUGCCUCCAUUCUUAUACAGGAGUUCCACUUCAAGGUGGAUAUACUUUUCCUAACUGCUAUUGCUGAGAUGUUUGCCGCGGAUGUGACGGACGAACAGGCUGCCAAACUGUUCCGCACUGAUGUAGAGUCCAUUGAGCUGCCGUUGACGGCUCACUUUGAGCAGCAUUCGCAGCAGGAGCAAAAGAACUUUUAUGAUAAUCUGCAUUUGGGUCCAUUGAAAAUACACGUUAGCUUCUCGAUGGCUGGCUCCGAUACCACAGCGUUGCCUGGAUUCCUUGGACCGUUGGUUCAAGGCGUUGGCGUUACGUUGACCGACAUCAAUGAUGUCGUCUUCCGUCUGGCGUUCUUCGAGCGUGAAUAUCAGUUCUUCAGCCAAUCGCAGCUCGUUUCUGAGGUCAGCUCUCAUUACACUGGCCAGGCGCUGAAGCAACUAUAUGUGCUGGCGCUGGGCUUGGAUGUGUUGGGCAAUCCUUAUGGCCUUGUGGUGGGCAUCAAGAAGGGCGUCGAAGAUCUGUUUUACGAGCCAUUCCAUGGCGCCAUUCAAGGGCCCGGCGAGUUCGCCGAGGGUUUGAUGCUGGGCGUCAAGUCGCUCUUCGGCCACACAGUGGGUGGCGCAGCUGGAGCGGUGUCGAAGAUUACAGGUGCCAUGGGCAAGGGCUUGGCUGCCCUGACCUUUGACGAUGACUAUCAACGCAAACGUCGCCAGGGCAUGCAUAACAAGCCAAAGAAUUUCCAUGAGGGUCUGGCACGCAGCGGCAAGGGUCUGGUGAUGGGCUUUGUGGAUGGUGUCACAGGAGUGGUCACCAAACCAGUGAGUGGAGCACGCGAACAGGGUGUCGAAGGUUUCUUCAAGGGUCUGGGCAAGGGAGCCAUUGGUCUAGUAGCUCGACCCACCGCUGGCGUUGUCGACUUUGCCAGCGGCAGCUUUGAGGCUGUUAAACGCGCCACCGAGAGCACCGAUGAGGUGAAACGACUGCGACCACCUCGCUUCCAGCACUACGAUAAUGUGUUACGUCCCUAUUGUCACGGCGAAGCUCUGGGCAACAUCAUGCUUAAGGAGCUGGACAAGGGUAAAUUUGCGACCACCGACAGUUUUAUACACUGCGAGGAGAUCGUGCAGAAGAAGGAGUAUUUGCUGGUCACCAACUAUCGACUGAUCUACACACAACGCAACGAAAUGUUUGGCGUCUGGGUGUCAAUGUGGUCCUAUCAGUGGGAGGAGAUCAGUGCUGUGACAAGCACGGGGCGCGGUGUCCAGUUUACGGUGCAGCGUGAAGGCAAACGCUUGCUGGGCGGACUCUUCUCAUCGGGUGAAUCACCUAAUAAACUCAUAUUGGUGACGGAUCCACGCAAACGGGAGACUCUAUUUGGCAUUAUCGAAUCUCAACAUAAGGAUAGCAAGUACAGCCAUUUACCCAGCUCUCGCUAUCCGACCAAUUGA